AAUCCUCGCGAGCCCCAAACCCUCGCCGCCUCCCUCCUCCUCCCUCUCCUCUGACCUCGCCGCCGCCGUCUCCGACCUACGCCGCCGGUCGAGCCUAUCCGACCGGAGAGAAGGAUGGCUAGCGGCGGGGAUGAAGCCUCGCGAACAGUACCGCCGCUGGCGCUGGGGGGUACCACGGAGGAGCUGGCGUUCGUGAAGGAGACGGUGCUGAAGAAGCGGAAGGAGAACGCCGACUGGGCCGUGAGGAACCGGGAGCGGAAGGCGGCGAAGCGCCAGCGCAUCCGCGCGGAGAACAAGGUCGUCGUCAAGCGGCCCGAGGAGUUCGUCACGGCGUUCCGGAACAAGGAGCGCGACUUCCUGCGGAUGAGGACCCGCCUCAAGGUCCGCAAGCAGCCGUCCGUCGAGGCGCUCAGCUCCAAGCUCAUCUUCGCGAUUCGCAUCCCUGGCUCUGUGGACUUGCAUCCUCACAUCAGAAAAAAAUUGAGGAAGCUACGGCUGACGAAGGUCCUCACCGGCGUGUUCCUGAAGGCCACCGAGCUGACGCUGAAGAUGCUCCUUGAGGUGGAACCGUUUGUCACCUACGGGUUUCCAAACUUGAAGAAUGUGAAAGAGCUUAUUUACAAGAAGGGCCGUGGGUUCGUGGAUAAGGAACCUUUCCCUCUUACCAGCAACGAUCUAAUUGAGAAGGCUCUUGGAGAUAAUGGCAUUAUAUGCUUGGAAGACCUCGUGCACGAAAUCGCCACUGUCGGACCGCACUUUCGAGACGCAACGAAGUUCCUCAUGCCCUUCAAGCUCAAGUGUCCGGAGAGGAGGCUGCAGAUGAAGAAGAAGCCCUACAAGGAUGGUGGUGACUCGGGCGACCGAGGCGACAAAAUCAACGAACUAAUUGAGAAGUUGAACUAAAAGCAUAGCUUGUCUCCAGUUGUCAUUUGCGUACGAGUGAUGGAUCUGUUACCUUAUCAGUUUUGUAAUAGCAUAGCUGGAUGUACCUUAAACCUUGAAGUGUUACCUGAAUUUGUGCGAUCAGAUCGAGAAAUAGCAGAAGCUGCUUUCAUCAA